AUGGUCAACAGCAGCAGUAGGAGCCGUAGUAGUAACGUCAGCAGCAGUAGAAAAAGGAAAAGUAGCAACAGCAGCAGCAGCGGCAGCAGCAGCAGCGGAGAUGACGGCAGCAGCAGCAGCAAAGACGGCAGCAGCAGCACCGGUGCAGCUCGGCAGCAGCGGGAACAGGAGCAGCAGCAGCGGCAGCAGCAAGAAAGCAGCAGCUUCGGCAGCAGCAAGCAGCAGCAGCAGCAGCAGCAGCAGCAGCAGCCCGAAGGAAAAACAACAUGCACAGAUACAUCCUGCUGCGCUCUGGAGCUGCAGCAGCAACAGCUGCAGCAACAGCAAGAUCACCAGCAACAACAACAACAACAACAACAACAACAGCAGCAGCAGCAGCAGCAGCAGCAAGAACAGCAGCAAGAGCAACAACAAGAGAAGCAGCAGCAGCAGCAGCAGCACCAGCAGCAGGAGCAGCAGGAGGAGCAGCAGCAGGAUUCAUCGAUCGUCGUUGGUUAUCUAAUUCAUCAAACUCUCCUGCAUCAUCACCACCACCACCAGCAGCAACAGAAUCAGCAGAAUCAGCAUCAGCAGCAGCAGCAGCAGCAGCAGCAGCAGCAGCAGCAGCAGCAGUACCUGCAGAGGCUACACCUAACCCUAAUGCAUUAA